AUGGAUUAAUGGGAUUGCUCAAACGCAGCGGUGUGGGGGAGGCCCUCGUUCAGCAGUGGACUGACAACACAAAAGUAGCUGCAAUAGUACACGGACAAUGAUGAUCGGGCCUUAAUGUAUCACCGAAUAUAUUUUCGGGUCACUGGUAGACACGAGUCGGCACGUGAGUUGACACUGGAUGUGUUGUUCCGGGAGCGGAUUAUUUUUGUAUUUCAGGAUCGUCGACUCCGACAGACCCGGCUGCAAUGACGCCCUGAUGAAGGCGAUGGUAUAAUGAGUGAGCGUCUCGGGGGAGGUGGGUUGUUAUCUGUUGUAGUAAUCUCCAGGUAACGAUGACCCCAGCAACCUCCAAUUAGCGCGGCUGGCCACAUACGGUGACAAACAAGUUCAACGUACUAUAGAGGUUCAACGUACACACACACAUAGACGCAUAGACGAGAGGCCACCCUACCCCGCCUCUCCCAACCCCAUCCUUCACAGCCCGGUGACGCCGCCCGGAGCGACGCGGAGAGUCACGGCCGCAACCAUCGCCCCCGCGCGUUGCCGUGGUGAAGCCCUUCCGUGCGUGCACGCGCAUUCUGAAUCCCUUAAACCUCCUCCUCCUCCUUCCUCGGACUUCCUCUCAGCUCCCGUGCGGUUAUGUGAGCUCACUGCUCGCUCUUGCCCGCUGCUGCUGCUGCUCGCUGCCCACAAGGUCACCACCACCUUUCACCGCCCGUCCACCAUGGGUGACUACUGCUGCGACCUCCAGGGAGCAGCGGCAGCCGUGGUCGUGGCGAGUCGGGCAAGAAGACCGCUGUCGAGGACUUUCCAGUCGAGCCAGGAGUUCACGCCGAUGCAGUUGCCGCCCAGGGUCACCGUUUCGCCAGGACGGUACGAAGCGGCCAGGGCCCGUGUCCCUCCAACCCCCAGCCCGGAGAGGCCUCCGUGUGGCCGCGAGUCUGGGACCACCGCGGCCAGGGGACAUUUGCACUACGGCUUCGGAGGUGACCCCGUGCCAAGUGGGAUUCGCAUCGAGCAGUGCUACGAUUUGACUCGGCUCAAGAGGAGCAAUCUCCGCUCCAACGACCAGCUGCUUCCCAAGCCACAGGAAUCGCUCAUCCAGCAGCACCAGGCGCGCUGCCCCUUCCCGCGGGAGCACCCCUUCGCCUCGCACGUCUCACGCCUGGCCCUGCUACCCUCGUCAGACGCUCCCGAGCCCGAGGAGGGCAGCCACGCAGGGGCCGGGAAGCGCGCGGCUCUGCCAAGACCCAUCACGGUCCUCUCCAAAACCAAAGGGGGUCCCUACCGAUACGAGGUCGUAAUGGCGGAGCCCGUGGAGCGGUGCAGCCAGUGGCCAGGAGACCACGGUUUCUACCAGAUGCCCACAGGCCCGGGCUUCCCAAAGGAGGUGUUCUACCCGACGCCGCCAAAGACCGUCGCACCCAACCCACGACCACGGGAGACGGCUCCGGGCCCCCGCACGGCCACCGAGGCACGGAACGUGGAGCGCUGCCGCUGGCGCUCCAACUACACACUCAACUUCACCGGUCACGGACCAAUGAAUCCCAUUCUCUUGGAUGAUCACCACCUGAAGCUGCUGUGGAGCUUGAGAAGUGGAAAAGCACCAAGCAACAAACUGGUAGAGAGGUCGCUUCCCAAAUUCUCUCUUGCUCGGCCCGAGCACGGGCGCACGCCUCGCUUCGUCGCGAGCGGCUGGCUCCGAGAUCGCUUCGUGGCGGAGUGCGCGUCCCUCGAGGCCGGCGGAGGGAGUGCCACGGCGGAGGAGGAAUCGGUCGAGGACUCCCGGCGCCUCGCCGCCCACCUCCACUUUGCGGAUCCGCCGGCGGCGGAGUGCGCCGGGGAGAGCGGUGCCGACGCCGCCGCCGGUGAUGGCACGGCGUACGACCCCGGGGAGGACGAGGAGGUGGUGGCGGCGGCGUCGGCGGCUCACGGUCUCGGUGGUGAUGUCAGAUACAGCUCGGGUGCCGAAUGCGGCAAAGUGCCCCCAUAUUGCCGGCACCUGGCCGACGCCAACGCGUCCACCACGAUCCAACCGCCGACCAGGCAGGGAGUAGAAAGGGCAAUGCCUCGGUCGACCACAGCAGCCAACGCGGCGGAGCCCGAAAUCGCCGCUUGUCAAGACGGCCUGGUUGGUUUCCGUUCGCCGCACGUCACCGAUGGCGAGGCGCCGAACGCGCACGAGAAUCUUGGUCUCGCCUCCCAAAUCCACAAAAACGACGAGAACGCUCCGUGGAGCGGGGUAGGGUCCGAGUGGGGCUUCCCACGGCCGCACUCGGCCCUUGACGGCGCCAGGCCGGUGCCGGGGCACCACCGGGCAAGGCCACAGAGCGCCCUGUCCCGGCUGCAGGACUCCUUCUCCAGGUCGGACGCCCUGAGGCGGCUGCACGCCGCGUCGGGGAGCGACCCCGUGGACCUGCGCGACCACGUGCGGUCGGGUCGACAGCACCACUUCCACGGCUUCCACUCGUACUACUACCACAACUGACGGACCGCCGACCACCGCAGACAACGGUGCCGCGGAUGGGGAAAACCUUUUGCUACAUGGCGAACGAAUGCAAAUGUGUGAUACUGGUUUCAAUGCUCUUUAUAUUUCCCGCACCUCCGAUUAGCACGGUUGGCUAUGUAUGGUGCAAAAUAAGUUCAACAUACGUACGUUCAGAGGUCACCGGUCAACGUAUCCCAGCACGUCCACUCUUGAUGUUCCCGAUGCUGAGCUUGGUCCACUGCUUGAUGUCACACCGCUUCCCCCCUCAAACUCCAUCACGUCCAUGCUUUCUGUUACAUCCAAUUACCAUCCAUAAUAAAAGACCUGAAAAUCGCCUUUGGUGGUACUGACGAAGGACGUGUAGUGGUCGGGGUCUGUGGGCUAACAACUCCACCCCUGUGAGCGUGAGCAGUGGGAGUACGGACACGGUUUGCGGUAGUGCUGUAGGUGCAGUGAGCUCCAGUGGUAUACCCAUUGGGAGGGAGCCCUGACCCAUUGCCGAGUGAUUGUCACCUCUACAAUUGUGACACUGGUAUAGACGUUAGCGGUUGCAGGGUCGCCUUGCGAUGUCUGUUGCUUAGACCAGACACAUUCGCUGGUGGUUUGUGUGGGUUGCUAAUACACUGUCAGAGUUCAUGAUUUCAAGUCUGGGCAGUCACCGGUGAUUUAAGCGUGUCUUUAGGUGUAGCACUUUUCAACUUGGUCACAAUGACUGCACAGAAAUCCACUCUUACAUUUCAUUUUCAGUCAAUUCAUGUUUCCUGCUCUUUUCAGUUUCCCACGUGCCAAACACCUCCAAAGUAGGUUAAAGUGAGAUGAUCCGGUGCACCUCGCGUAGACAAUAAAUAUCUUGAGAUGGCACCACAGAAGUCACACUUCUAAAAACCAAUGGAUACUGUCAAUUGUAAACUGAGGGCACUGCCGAAUUGCAUCCUCAGUUGAUUGCGCCACGGAGAGUACAGUACAACAAUAUCUUCGUCUGCAGCCUGGGCUGUAGGAGAAACUGGGGCAAUGGCAUGCUCAGUUGUACCUCAUUGUACGAUGGUGAGACUCAAAAAAAUAAAGGAACACAUCUACCACGAGGUACAAUGUGAGAAGUGUGAAAGCCAUGAGGUGUAUUCCUCCCACAUGCAUUUUUUAGCGUUCCUUUAAUGCACUACUGUUCCUUUAAUGCGAUGGCAAUGCACUAACAAGAGGGGAUAAUAUUAAAAUUGCAUUUGCAAUUUUCAUUUGGUGCUGUGAUUGUGACACUUUGUAAUUUGCAGGAAGGAAUCUGCAUUUUGUAUAAUUAGUGCUUAGUUGUUUUAUGCUAAGUAAAAAAAGAACAUGUAUGACUGUAUUAUUGCCUUGCUCAUAGUUGCCGUCUUUGAUUGAAAGCCAGACAGAUAUUAAAUGCUUGAACUGU